AUGGCCUCUCUUAACACGUCUACAAACGGUCCCUCUAUCUCCAAAAGUUAUCGAUCAAUCGUCAAUGCCCCACCUCCCUCCGGUCCUGCCGCAGCUUCUCCCACCUACGGUCAAUGGGCCGUCUUCUCCGUUUCAGCUCCGUUGGCCAAUGCCUUUCAACAAGACGCGGGAAACAAAGAGAGUGUACUGAAAGUGCAGAGUACAGGAGAAGGAGAAUUGGUUGACUUGGUAGACGAAUUCUCUGACGGUCGGAUUCAGUUUGCCUUUGUCAAAGUCAAAGACUCCAAUACGGGGCUGCCUAAAAGUGCGCUCAUUGCUUGGUGCGGUGAAGGUGUGCCAGAGCGAACCAAAGGAUAUUUCACCAGCCAUAUGACUACUGUCGCCAAAUUACUGCAUGGCUACCAUGUUCAGAUCACCGCCCGAUCCGACCGAGACCUCACCCCCGAAGGCAUAAUCCAAAAGGUCGCUGAUGCAUCGGGUUCCAAAUACUCCACCGGCAGUGCUGCUCCUCCCCCAGUCGCUGCUACCAAGCCGACCAUCGCAUCGAAACCGGUGUUUACUCCCACUCAGACUAGUGGAAUAUCAGGCGGAUACAAUCCUCUUGCGCGCCAGGUUCCACCGAAACGAGACACGGACGGUGAUGAAGACGGUUGGGGGGCAGAUGCUCCUCCAGUCACUCGAACACAAUUGGAAAAAGUGCAGCCCGCUUACCAACCCACCAAAGUCAAUAUGAGGGAACUCACAUCGCAAAAGCCUGCUCCGUCGGCGUUCAGCAACAGUCAAGCAGAUGAUCGGCCUGACGUGGUCAAGGGUGCAUAUCAGCCUGUGGGCAAAGUAGACAUUGCCGCCAUCCGACGCCAGGCUAAGGAAUCUGGCACGUUACAAGAUGACCGACCUGGGAUCGUCAAGGGGGCUUAUGAACCUGUUGGUAAAGUUGAUAUUGCAGCUAUCCGGGCCAGAGCCCAGAAACCUGACGAAUCAUCAAGCUUUUCUCGGCCAGCUCCGGUCUCCAGCCCUUCCGCCGGUCCACCAGAAGAGCCCGAGAUGCCUUCUCGAUCGCUGGCGGAGCGAUCGGCUGCUUUCGCCCAAGGCCCCGAACGUCUUACGUCUCUUCCUAAACCCAAGGUAGCCAACAAGUUCGGCGGGGGGUCGACGUUCACCGGCACCAAGGCCCCCGUACCCGGAGGAUUUGAAGCUAAACCUGUGGCUCCUGCUCCGCCCGUGGGCACGGCCAGCAGAACCUUUGCCGAUCAGGGAGGUAAAACGCCAGCGCAGAUUUGGGCCGAGAAGAAGGCUCGCGAGAGAGGAGGUGAUCCACCAGUGUCGCCGACCGGCUAUGCUGGGCAACUCCCCAUAACAACACAAAAGAGCGGUGGCGGGGAAUGGAGGAGCAGCUACACAGGCAAGACCUGGGCGCCCGUACAGACCACACAUACCGGUCGAAGCAGUAUCGGUCAACACGUAACAGGCGAAGGUAUGAAGCAGGCUGAGGAAGAAGAAGAACAAGCUCCUACGUCGCCGGCUGGUGGUAUUAGUUCAAUACGUGAUCGUUUCAGUGGUGCUCCGCCAAUGGGUGCUCCGGCGACGUUUGACCGGGCACCACCACCGGCACCAGAGCCAGAUAUCAGCAACAAACCCAAUCGUGGCAUCCCGAUCCCAGGUUUGCCUGUUUCACGUCCGGAACCAGAGAAGGAAGAAGCAUCAGCACUGCCUCCGCCACCACCUCAGCCGCGCAGCCCUACCCCACCUGCUCCUGAGAUGCGAGCUGCUUCUCCCAUUCGGGUGGCCAUGCCGGUCAGUGCUUCGGCAAAUGUGGCAGAUGCACAUGAAGAGCAAUUGUCGCCGCCUCCAGCGAUGCCAGCCGCUUCUAUGGCCCGUUCUAUGCCGACGCCUGCGGCAGAAGAUGACGAACCUUCCCACGCGCCCGAUCUAGGAAGAACCACGGCCCAGGCAGCUGCAGCAAGUACGUUAGGUCAACAAGCCGUGGAAGAAGCUCCCGCCGCGGUGUCAACAGCUAGUGGUGAACGAGCGCGAGCCGAAUAUGAUUAUGAAGCCGCAGAAGAUAAUGAAGUCUCGCUUCGUGAAGGUGAAAUGGUGACUGAUAUCCAGCGAAUUGAUCCUGAUUGGUGGCUGGUCAAGAAUGAGGCUGGACAGACUGGCCUUGUACCAAGUAAUUACCUGACUGUAUUGGAUGAUGACGAUCAAGCCGAUGCACCAGCUAUCCCGGCAGCUGCAAUGGAGCCAGCCCCAGCUGCGGCUACUUUGAAGGGUGCGACCGCAACGGCACUCUAUGAUUACGAAGCAGGAGAAGAUAACGAACUGUCAUUCCCUGAAAAUGCGAUUAUCACCAAUGUCACAUUCCCUGAUGAAGAUUGGUGGCAUGGAGAAUACCAGGGCAAGGCAGGACUGUUCCCAGCCAAUUACACCAAAUUGAACGAUUGA